AGCUCUCAAUACAAACAAGUCCAUCAACGUAUCUAUGUCAUAACUACUAUUCCAUGAUCGCUUCUUCGUGGAAAAAAAAUCCUCUUCUGCCAGAAUAAUGGCUUUCGGUUUCGGAAACGCAGGUGGCGGUGGCGGUGGCGGUAGCGGUGGAAAUGUCUCCCAAGGUCCUGACCUUGGGGAGGUCCAAACUGAAGCUCUCGGCUUCCUGUCACUGUCCGGAGACGCCAAACUGCGGUUAACAUCGCCAUGGUCUCCACUCCCUACAGACAAUGCUUCCCUUAUUAGCAUCGCUCCGCGGCGCGGCCUUGUUGCUGCCGCUGGUCCUGAUGCUGUUAUCCUAGCCUCUACAGAGGCCGUUCGACAGGCAUUCAAUAGCCCUAAAGAUGGCGACAACGACAUUAGAUCAUUCGAACCCCAACUGAAGCUUCCAUUACCUAUACGAAUAUGUCAAGUCGCCUUUACAGCCGAUGAAGCCUAUUUGAUACUUUCGGCAGAGCAGGGUGGAGGACUGGCGGUAUAUGAUGUCCAGUCUCUCCAGCAAGGCUCGACCCAGACAGCUUUCGAGAUACCCACAAAUGGAGAGUCGCUUAGAGUUUUGGCGCCGAACCCUCGUCCGGAGAAGGGCGAGCUGUGCGCUGUUGUGACCACCGAAGGCAAGCUUCUGAUGGCGAAUAUGAAGGAGCGUAACUUCCAAUCUGGAACCAACGGCCAAAUCUUGAAGGACCAAGUGAGCUGCGUGGCUUGGAGCAACAGGGGUAAGCAGCUGAUAGCUGGCCUUGGUGAUGGUACCAUCCAACAGAUGACUCCUGAGGGUACCAUCAAGGCCGAAAUUCCCCGUCCACCGAGUUUAAACCCAACGUAUUUUGUGUCUUCUCUGGCAUGGCUCGAAAAUGACGUAUUCUUGGCCUUUCAUAUUUCGGCCCCAGAGCAGCCUCUCCAGGCUACUUGCCAUCUCAUCACAAGACAGGGCCAAGACUUUCAAUUCCAGAAGUUGAAUGACCCUGUGGAUGCUUUUAACAACGAUAGGGCCCCACACCACACGAUCAUGCGGUUAAAGGACUUUCCGCCCAAUCUCCAGGACCUUCUAAUCUUUUCGUCAACUGCCAGCCCUGAUAUUGGCCUUCUCGCACGAUCAAAGACUCCAUUAGGCCCGGGAGGUCCGUCGAAUGUCUUCGCUACCGUCGAAUUGGCUGAUGAUUCUAAGCGCGCCACUUUACCAAUGGACGAAAACAUGGGAACCCCAGCACCGAUUGGUACGACACUGGAUCUCUCCAGCCGAGAGAAGGUCUAUAAACCCAUACCUACCGAUGAGCUGGACCAAUCUCCUGGUCCGUUACCAGGUUACUGGGUUCUCAAUGCCGAAGGGGUACUUUCUAUUUGGUGGGUGGUGUAUUCCGAGUCGAUCAGAGGAGGAACAACAUAUCCGGGAUUGGCCGCUAUGGAAGGCAACGGUGCAACUUCUGUCGAGAUGACGACCGCUAAGGCGGCUCAAACAAACUCAUUCGCAGCCUCAGCCUCAGCCUCAUCACCACUUGGGGCCCCGCCAGCGGCGACGGGGGCGGCGUUUGGUAGCACUUCAAUGUUAGGCUCGAAGAACUCGCCCUGGGGGGCUCAACCUUCGUCUCCUGGUGGCGCCGGUGGUGCCAGGCCUACAUUUGGCUCUAGCGCUUUUGGCACAUCAGCAGCUUCCUCGGCGCCAAAGUUUGGCCAACCGUCUUUCGGUGCCCCUAGUCUCGCCGCCGCCGCCGUACCCGCUUUCGGUCAAUCUACGGGGCUUGGUUCGAGGUCGUCGCCUUGGGCCUCCGGAUCCGCCUCGUCCAGCACCCCUGUUUUCGGCCAAGCAAGCUUCAGUAAUGAUGCAAACAGCACGGAUAGAUCCGGGGGAGCCUUUGGAGGCUCUAGUCUCAGCUCUGCGAACACGAGUAGCGGGUUCGCCACUUUUGCAAACAAGGGUGGCUUUGCGUCCCUUGGAUCGAAUAACAACGUGGCCGGGCCAAGCAUCUUUGCGUCUACAAAAUCGGAAGCCCCUGAAGUCUCUAUGGAUACGGACACUACGUCUGUAUUUCGAGUUCCGGGUUCUAAGCCAAGUACGAGUGUCGGCGACGUCUUCGGUUCACAGCCGUUCAAGUUAACUUCUAGUUUCCAACGUGAUCCGAACGCAAAAGACGAAGAUGCUGAUGUGAAGGGUUCCGGCACUGAGACGUCCAUGUUCGGCACAAAUUUUACUACUACAAUAGAUGAGACGAUGAAGCCGACAGCUUCGAACCCGUUCGCAACUGGAACGCAAAGUACUUUUGGGCAGCUAACGGCCUCUUCCACGAGUGUAGAAUCAACUACGCCAACAUCAACGCCCGCACCCUCUAAAGUCUUGUCUCCGACCUCUUCGGCGCCGCAGGGCAAAGGCCUCUUCGAUUUUCAUCCGAAAACCCCCAGUGGCCUAAGCAGCACCUUUGAAUCUUCUACCUCCCAAACACCUACUGCUGAAACUCCUCAGGCGAAGGCAGAGUCAGAAACUCCUAAGCCAUUGAGAAGUCUUGCUGAUGCACCUCUGCCUCCAGAAUCUACCAGUAAGGCUACCUACUCAUUAGGCGACUCAUCGUCUUCGUCGGCUGCUACUAUGGACGCCGCGGACCUCGCGGGAACGCCACUCAGGGCCGUAAAUGCACCUCUUCCACCUGACUUCGCCGACUCGACUCCUAAGAGCACAGAUCGGGAGAUCCUACGUAAGGAGUCUCCCGCCGUUGAUGACGCGCCCUUGCCCCCGGAUCCAGUGAAGAAUAAAAAGGCGUACGACGCACCCUUGCCCCCCUUACCCGGUGCUAUGCCUAAGUCCAAGCCUGUGGACGAUUCACCACUACCACCUGAUCCAGUCAAGCAGCCGAAAGCUUAUGCAACCAAGUUGCCUGCCCUUCCCAUCGCUAAACCGCCCUCUGAAGUUGUUGGACCUGGGUUCAAAUUCCCCACAAACCCGCCUCCUGUCCCGUCGGAUACCGAUGAUGAUGAUUUAUCCGAAGUGGAAGAAGGUACCGAAGCCGUUAGUGAGGGUAGCGGUGUCGAUGUUGCGAAGGAUCUUAGUCCGUCCAGUAUCGGUAUAAGCAAGACCCCUGGAUUUACUCCCCAAAGCUCAUUUGAUGGUUUGGCGGGGAGCUACUCUACCAUAUCCCGACCGGAUCAAGAAAGGCGAAGCUUCUUUGGUGACUUGGGCCGGGAUGCCCCCGUUUUCCCCCGACCCAAUCCUAUCAGUCCUCGUUCUCCAAGUCCUGUUCGAGGUGCGGUGCCGCCAAGAAUGCUCAGUAAGGACCAGUCGCGGUCGUUUAGUGCACCAGGAAUGGCAUCUCAUAUCCUUGGUGGUUCCAGACGGCAGCAAAGUCACUUUGGAUCUUCGAUUGUUAGUAAAGAUACUUAUGCUGAAGAUGCGAUGGUUGAGCAGCAACGAAGAGCUAAGGCAAGGAAAGAGGCCGAGGAAAAUCAACUGCUUCUCGAUGAAGAGGAUGAUACUGUCCAGAGUCUGCUGAGAACGGAGGUUAAGCCGACAUUAGAGCUUGAUGAAUUUAUCGCACACUCAGGUGUAGCACCACCAGCUGGUGAUAGUGUUCCGGCACAGGUCGAGGCUGUUUACCGUGAUAUCAAUUCUAUGAUUGAUACUCUUGGACUCAAUGCACGAUCCCUCGCAGGCUUUAUUAAGGGCCACAAGGAACUCCGUACCGACGAAUAUAUGAGGCAAGAUUUAGCCAGCCCAGAUGGUUGGACCCUAGCCGGACUCGAAAGCUUGGCCCAAGUUAUCGAUCGAGAUCUCAGUCAUGCUCUCAGCGAGUCAAGAGUCACGAAUCUAGCAGAAAAACUUGUAGAAUGUGAGGAUAUCCAGCGUGAGCUUGUCCGCGAUCGCAACAAGCAGGCGGAUCUCAAGAAGAUCAUUGCCUCCCGCGCCGAUCCUGAACAGACUGUCGCAAAUCGUGCCCUGCCUCUCAGCGCAGAGCAGGCCUCGCAGCAGAGCGACUUGCGGCGGGAGUAUGCCAAAUUCACAAAGCUUUUGGCAGAGGCUGAGGAGAACUUGACCUUACUUAAGGCUAAGAUCGUCUCUGCCAGCAGCGCCACCGGAAAAGGCGGCUCGGCGCCAACCAUUGAGGCGGUUGUGCGCACCAUUACUAAACUAACGAGUAUGAUCGAAAAACGUAGCGGCGACAUCGACGUACUCGAAAACCAAAUGAGGAAGCUACGAGUUGGCUCGCACGGUCCCAGCAGUCGUGAAGGUUCGCCUUUUGCCACGCCCAAUGCGAAGAGAUUGAACGCAUCGUCGGUUUUCUCUCCUGACCGCUCAGCACGGGAGAGCACGCCGCAGCGUAGCAGUGUUUUACGCCACUCAGUGUCCGGCUCCAUAACGAGCCUUGGUGGUAGUUUGUUUCAAACACCGCCACGCAAGAAGCUGAGCGGUUUCGGAGACUUGGAGAGGAAGGCUGCGAAGGAAAAGCGGGAGCGCAGGACAGCCGUUCUCGGGAAGCUCAAGAGCAGCCUCGAGAAAAAGGGCGUCGGCGUGUGGGCCGUGGAUGAUAAUGAGUAGGGGUUGCUUCACGUCAAUAAGUGCCACGUACACGAUUGAGGAUUAUGAAGGUCUCUGUUCAAUUGGUAUGUAGAUAGUAUUACACGCGGAUCCAUCCUUUUUUUAUAAAAAAAGGGGAGGGUUUUCAAGAAGAAUGCGCAUUACUACGAUCAAUGAAAUAUCAUCAAAAGACAUGACACAUUUCUUUCACAAGGUGAAGUAAGUAAAUACUAGUACGUUCUCAACGUCUAGUCAAGAAGUGUCUCGGUAUCCUAGUCCCUAGCUGGGAGAGCCAAACACCAUGCCCGCCAUCUCAUCUCAUCGUUUGACAAAUGCCAUCCUCGGGCUGGGUAUAAUACAUAGACGCAUGUCAAGGUAGCCCACUGACGACUCCUGACACGAUAUUUACAACCAGAAGCAAACCUGAUAUCAAGAACGGACCGAAAAAAAUAAAGUUCAUCCAAGUCGUCUUAUACGAAGCUAAUAACACCUCCGUUCACAGCUUCGAGCCUUGCUACUAGCUUCUUGACGUUCGUCCACUCUUCGCUCCGAACUGACUCUUUACCACCCA